GUCUCAGUACGCGAGUAAACACGGAAUAGAGCAGAGGAGCGUCUCGUUUCGAGGCAUCGGCACGAAAAACCGUCCUGAAAAUGAGUUUUUGUUACUGUUUUUCUUGUUAGUUAUGUGUGUGCGCCUCGCAGCGGCGUGAGUCACAGAGCUGUGCGCGUUUUAUCAGCAACAGAGCGAUAAAUAGUGCUAGCCUGGACGCUUGUAGUCGGGGAGCUAGUUUUUUUUAACUAGUUAGCAUCGAUGAGGGCACCCAGCCUCGCCCUCAGUGCUGCAAACAAGACUGACCAGCUGGUACUGAGUUAGUUACCGGGCGGUCUGUGGGAGAAAGAAACCAGCAGAAUGACAGAUGAUGUCCUGCUGGAUGUUCCUGUUAUCCGGCAGCUGUACCACUGGGACUGUGGCUUAGCCUGCUCCAGGAUGGUCCUCAAGUACCUCCACCCUGUCAGCGAUGAUGAGUUUCAGAGGGCGUGCUGGGAUCUGAAGCUGACAGAAAGUGUGUGGACUAUCGACCUGGCCUACCUCAUGUGCCAUCUAGGAAUCAAACACUGCUUUUGUACACAGACUCUGGGUGUAGAUAAGGGCUUUAAAAACCAGUCCUUUUACAAGAAGCAUUUUGAUACUGAAGAAAACAGAGUGAAUGAGCUCUUCCUUAAAGCGGAGAGCAAAGGUGUGGUGGUGAAGAAAUGUUCUGUGUCAGUUCAGGAAAUCCAGUCUCAUCUGGAGCAGGGCCACGUUGCCAUAGUGCUGGUCAAUGCUGUGGUGUUGACAUGUGAACUGUGCUCCCAGCCUGUCAAAUACUGCUGCUUCAUGCCCGUGGGUCAGAAGUGUUUCUGCAGGAAGCCGGACUAUCAGGGUCACUUUGUGGUUGUGUGUGGCUUCAACAGAACCACUGGCUCCAUCUUCUACAAUAACCCAGCGUAUUCUGACCGGGUGUGCUGCACCAGCGUCAAUAACUUUGAGGAAGCUCGACGCAGCUAUGGGACAGACGAGGAUAUCCUGUUCGUGUUUAAAGAGAGUUGAUGGAUUUGGAUUUUUGUCAUUAUAGGAAUAUCAAAAUGCUGCAGAUCCCCAGUCUAAUGACACCUCCUCCUGUCUGCUGUCACAGAUCCCCCCUUUUGCAGGCUUUUUUCCUCCGGUGCCAAAAAGCCUGCUCACAUAUAUACAUGUACUGUAUAUGCCAACACUACUUAACCUUUGAAUGAUUCACCCUGGGAAGAAUUAGGAAUCCAGGAUGGAUCCUUUUAUUUCUGUUUUUGUGAUGAACAGAUAUUUCAGAUUCAUCUUAUUGUCAAUGUGGACGUUUUUAAUGACUGCAGUUGUACUGGAAUCUCACACUGAGUGUACAGACUUGCACAACUGUGGCAGAACUGCGGGAAACACGAGCAAGAGUAGAAUUUACCAGGAAAUUGUGUGCACAUAAUUCAGGGCCGAUGUUGAUAAUACUUGGAGUGUUCAUUUCUUUGUUCUGCUCAGUGUUAAUGUGAAGCUGCUCAUCCGCCCCCCCUCCAGCCUCGCCUCUACCUGCCUUUUAAAAAUCCUCCCGACUCACCGCAUUUUAAUCAGACGAUUCUGUAAACAGGGAAAUACAGGAAGCAAGUCACAAGAGUAUCAGGUAAUUAAUGCUCUAAAUUGUGACUCAAAUGAUGAAGCAAGUUCAAUGCAAUACUCCAUAGAUGUAUGGAACUCAUGGACACUCAGCUCGGACGUGAUGAAACGUGACUUCACCGGAUUCAAUUGCUUCACUGGAAAAGCAGCUCCGCAUGUGUCCUGUGCCUUUGGGGAAUGUGCUGGAUACAUGGAUGCGUUAGGACUAGGAUAAGUCAUUUUGGUUUGUAAAUGAAGACGAGGUCAUUUCCUCAUUGUCACGGAGUUUUAUUUUUAACUUACAUGUUUUUGCACUACACUUUCAUACCAGACACGAUUAUGUUAUUUAAAUUAUAUUGCUUUUCCGAAUCAAGGAAAAGUGGGUCCUGUCUGGUUGUGCUUCUGGGUGAAAACCACAAGUUUUAUUUUUUUAUUCAGUAUAGAUAGCGCUUUUAUUAUAUGUUGUGAUUAAAACAUUUGAACAGCCUUGUUGUUUUCGUCUGCUUUAUAUAGGUUUAAUAGUGAACUCAUACCUUAAACCUCAUGUUAUAGGUCAAAUCUUAUAUAAACAACAUCAAGUGCUGUGUAGUUGGGACACUGUUUAAAAGGGAAUUAAAAAUAUUUGCUGUUGCCUGCACUCCAGCGUCGUCUCCGCACCUAAACAGAAAAAUGAGUACGGUCAGGCAUCUGUGACCACAGUGUACCCAUCUUCAGAUAGCUGCUUCCAACAAGAUAACACGCCAGCUCACAAAGCUCAGAUCAUCUCAAGCAGGUUUCUUGAGCAUCAGUUUGCUUUAUUCCGAUCAUUUCCACAAUCACCAGACCUAAAUCUAGUACAGCACCUGUUUGAUGUGGUGGAACUGGAGAUUCACAACAAGUGAGGCUACUGAAUCGAUGUGAACCAAAAUCUCAAAGGAAUGUUUAUUGUAUUCAAAUAAGGAUGUUAGCAUGUCUAGUUGAACUAGACUGGUCUAAACACUCCAUUUCCAGUCACUUCUCUUUUGCUUUGUAUGAUGUCAGUAGGAGGAUAUUCCCAAUAUGGAAAUUGAAACAACAGAAGCCCCACCCCCUUUCAAGGCUGCUUUAAAUGUAGCGGUCUUGAAAGGGCAGAGGCCAAAACAAUUUCUUUCAGAGGAUGAACUGAAUUGAGACCCAGUAUUAGAUAAAAAAAAAAAAAGUAUUGUUUUAAGCCAUUAAAUACUACUGGUGGCUCCAGUAGAGUACAAUGGCAAAAAUAUGGAAGUGAAAAUGUGCACAACCCAUAAACCCCAUAAAUUAUGUCUACUGUGAUUUUCCAUCUCAGGCCUACUUCUUACUCAGAUAACUUCCUUAAGAAGAUUUAUGUGUUCAUUCUGAAUGAAAUGAUAAGAAUCAGUUUGAAACAGGGAACCACUUUUUCUAAACCAUUAAAAAGUACUUCUAAUACUUCUAGUACCGCUGCAUUUCAACCCUGGUGGUACCUUUCCCCUUGUUAGCUGUCUGCCACAGGCGAGCUGCGGGCUACAACGCCAAUUCAAAAGCCAGUGUGGCCUGUAGGAAAAUGUCUGUUACAGCCAAUGAUUUAAAAGGUGAUUUGAAACACCAGGUUCAUAGGUGAUCUUUAAUUCAGCAAUGUUUCAGUUUAACAGUUCAAAUGAGAACAGGACAAAGGUUUGACUUUGAAUGUUUUUUAAUCACAUUAAAUGAUAGAAAUCAGUCAGUCUGACAGACGUGAUCUUUGUGUCAAAUUAAAUCUGAACUAAGCAUGUUUCCUGCUGCAAUAGGCUAUAAUAAAUGUGCACUAUUUGUAGAAUAUGUUCUACUCUUUUACUAUUUUGGGUUUGAAGUCAUGCUGAACAGCUUUGGCAAGUUGUUCUGCGUACUCAGCAUACCGUCCAGUCAUCUGCAAAGAAAAAGACACUGAAGAAGUCAGUCAAGGUUGCAAAGAAUAGCUGAAGUGAAUAUACAACCAUCCAGUCAUUGUGCAUAAUUUACCUGGAGAAUUGGAGGAUGCACAUAUAGGUGUGGUAGCAGCGGACAUACAGACAUGUUUGAAUUCUGCAUACAUAUAAUCUUUUUGUGCCACUCAUUCAUUACAUUCAAGGAUUUCUGAGGGAAAUAUUAUUCGUCUCAUCUUUGUUUUUGGAAUAAUACGAUCAGAGAUUUUAAAUGAAACUUUAUUUCUAAUCAAAAUUUCUAACAUUUUAAAAGGUUACAAUUUGUUAAAUUUACCUUGAAACUCCACUUGUCACUUAUUUGUCUAUUCAGGUUGAGAUCCAUUUCUACCACGAGCAGCCCAUCUCGGGUCCUAGAGAGGCCUGGCGUGCGACUGCCGUCGGGAGCUGCCACGUAACUGGACCCGUAAAAAUGUCCAAAGUCGUGGUGAGCUGAAAAAGCCAAGAAAAUUGAGCUAAAUCAGAGUCAAAAUGUAGUUAUUUGAAAAAGUGAUUUGAAGUUUUGAUAUUUAAAAAAUUAAAACAUGAUUUUUUUCUUCAUAAAAAAGUUAUUUUUAUUCGAGUCCAAAAACUGCACACAAAAAAACACUUUUUCAAAUCAAUAAAAUUUUUGACCCUGAUUUAGCUCCAUGCAAGAACACCAAAUCAUUUUCUCUUCUGUACAUUAAGGACACCUUAAAGAAUUAACUCCCUCAGGCAGAAUUAGCUUCAUCCACUUCACCAUACAGUCAUUUUUUGAUAACACCAUAUGAAGAGAUACGUGCAUACAUCCUGGGACUUAAGAAAAUAAAACCUUUACCUUUUUUCCCAUCACCAGACGUGAAUUCACUUUUGAAAUGUUCCUGUAGAAAAGAUUAUUUUUGGCAUGAUUUCAUAUUUUGUCAUUCAUCACAACUAUGUUGGAAUGAUUCCUGCAAACUUACUGUCCCAACACGGUUAAUGGCACAUGUAAAACAGUGGUUAGCGAUUGCUGCAUUUCUGGCCUCUAUAGACCACAUGGGUUCACUGCAGAGAAGAAACAAUAUUAUCAUCACAUUAUUUAGAUGUACUAUGUAAUAAUGGUAGCGGCAUGUCAAUGAUAACAUUGCUUCAACCUGAAUUCAGGGUCUAGGUAUGGCAAUCUGAGUAUUUAAUCGAACCUUUUUCUGAACGUAGGAAUAUGGAUGACUAAAGCACAUUAUCAGUUACCACCAUACACAAGGGCUGUCUGCACCAUAGAAAGCUUACUGUUCCACUAUUAUUUUUGCAUUUUCUUAGCUUACCACUGGUACCAUGUGCCAGCAAAACAAUACUGGACACCAUGGACAUGGGGGGGGGGGGGCUCCCUUACCUCAGAGCUCCAACUGUAGCCGAGGGGUUGAAGAUGAUCUCAGCUCCAUUCAUGCUGUACAUGAACCAAUUGAGUGGAUGAUGACGGCCGUAGCAAAUAUUCACAGCAAUCUUCCCAAACUGUGUCUGGAACACUGUGUGGCCAGUGUUGCCCUCCAUGUAAUAUGUAGACUGAGUAGAAAACACGAGACAAUGACAACAGCAGUUUUUCAGUUCCUGCACAGCCACAGUGGAUCGUUUAGAUCACUCACCUCAUUAAAGUCCCCGAUCCUGGGAAUGUGGUUCUUCCUGCUCUUUCCCAGCACGUUUCCAGAGUUGGAGAUGACCACCGCCGUGUUCCACAGGGUGCCGUGUAACUCCUCUCUCUCCAGAAUCGGUGAAACUAUGACCAUGUUGUACUUUUUGGCCAGCUAAUUGUAGAAUUGCAGAACUGUUAGGUUUGCAGUCCCCAACGUAUUAACCGCGCUGCAGCAAAGCUCUACAAUCUCACCUCUUGGCAGAAGCGUGUGGUGUUUCCUUCUUCAGCAGACUCUGCGAACUCUGUCCAUGGUUCUUUCUCACGGGUGCAGAACGCAAAGGGCAUGGCUGAUAACGAAAGAAACAAAAACCCCAGUCUCUGUUGGUACCCAUUCUGUAUGUUUGUUGGAUAGGUUUAUAAUUCUUGCACAUGGACACUCACUCCAGGUCUCCUGAAAGCAGACAAUGUUUACACCACACAUGGCUGCUACCUCAACCAUUUCACCAAUUCGGCUGUGCAUGGCACUGAUCUGUGAAGGGAGAGCAGUGAUAAAAUAUUAACACCAGUCACUUCUACCAAUGAAAUGGAGCAGUAUUAUUCAUGGUAUUGAUGCUUUUCGUCAGGUAAAUUAUUUAAGCAGAUACAUGUUGAAUACUUCUCUUGAACAAUGAUGUACAUGAAGAGUUUUACAGAAAGUCAUUCAGUCACCUUACAGCUUCCUGUCUGUAUCUCUCUGCUAAUGUACCUCAACGGGUUUGGUACAUGUGGGCUUCUGGUUAGUACUGUAGUGUGUAACUAGUAACCUGAUCCAGGACGGGGGCAUCAGUGGGCAGAACAAUGUGGUGCUGAAUGAGUCCCACUCGGAUGUUUCUGGGUGGCCUGAGUUGUUCCUGUGCCGCAUCAAACUUAUAUCCUUUAAGCUCAAAGUCUCGCUCAGAAGCAGCUUCCACAGCACAGGCUGAGAGUACCAGCUUCCUGUAAAGAGGAGGAGUUUCAGCUCCUUAACAUGUGCCACCCUUUUUUGACUCAAAGGCUACAUCAUUAUCAAUAAAGCAGAUAAAAGGCCAGGAGUUGAUUUGAGGUGUGGUGCUUGCAUUUGGAAGAUUUUGCUGUGAACAGACAACGUGGACAAAGUAGCUCUCCAUGCAAAUGAAACAAGCCAACCUUAAGCUGUGAAAACAGGAAAAAAAAACAUCCGAGAAAUUGCUACAGUAUUAGGAGAGGCAGAAUCUACAGUUUGGUCCAUCCUGAGAAAGAAAGAAAGCACCAUUAAACUCAUCAAUGCAAAAACACCGCACACCCAUGGAAGACAACAGCGGUGGAUGAUCGCAGAUUCAUUUUCAUGGUGAUGAGAAACCCCUUCACAACAGCCAACCAAGUGAACAACACUGCUGUCCUGCAGCUUUUAGAUGCAUCCCUACUCCAACACAGCUGAAUCAAAUGGUUGGAUUACUCUUCAGCAUGCCAUCAAGUUUGGGAAAGGCCCGAUAACAAGUCAUUCAUUUGAUUCAGAUGUGUCAGAACAAGGAUGCGUCUAAAAGCUGCAGGACAGUAGCUCUCGAGGAUUGGAGUUGGACACCCCUGAUCUAAAGUGUACUAAAAAAAAGCGUAAAUUAAGGCCAUCAUUGUCAUCAAGAGGUUUUCAACCAAGUAUUAGAAAUGAGCAUUUUAUUUUCAGUUAUUGAAUUUGUCCAGUUACUUUUGAGCCCCUGAAAUGAAGGGCUUGUGUUUAAAAAAUGCUUUACUUCCUCACAUUUUUAUGCAAUUGUUUUAUUCAACCCAGUGAAUUAAAGCUGAAAGUCCGAGUUGUUUCAUUUAAAAUUCAUUGUGGGUAAUUUACCGAACCAAACUUAGAAAAAGGUUGUCUCUGUCCAAAUAUUUAUGGACCUAACUGUAUGUAGGGUUUUUUAGUCUAUACAUUUAUCAAACCUGUCUCUGUGCUGGCUGUAAGUUAUCCUUCAGCUUGAUCAAAGUCCACUGAGCAGAAUAAUAAUUUACCAGGAACCAGAACAACAAAGAAGGAAACAUAAAGAGAAACGGGAAAGCCCGAUACUUCCUUUAGUAAAUUUAAAAGAAAUGCAGUAUAAGUACAACAACUCACUUUGUCUCCUUCCCAAAUAAGAUGCGUUUCACCUCCACCAACUCGGCCUCUGGCAGAUGGGACUCCAGAGAUUUCUCCAGAGAUUCAAACUCACAUGCGGACAUCUCUGCAGGUUUCUGUUGGUUUUGCAGCUCGACAGCAGAAGCAGCAGUAUUUAAUGGGUUACUCUCGUUAUAUAAUCCUUAGUGAUUUCGAAAGAGUAGAGGAGCCCCCAGCUGUGGUUUGUGGAAGCCGGUCAUUGACCUGAGACACGGCACUGCUGGCUGUGGCGUUUGUGUUGAGCUGCAGAUUAACCGAAGAGUUUUCUUGAAUAAUAAAUGUGUUACCAAACUUAGGAGCAGGCUGAGCAGUAGCUAUACUCUUCAAUAUUUCCACAUCCUUCUGUAACAGCAAAAUGAGAACAAAUUUAAGUUUGCUGAUUGAUAUUUAAUAUCAGUUUUUUCAUUUUUCUCCUUGCAGCACAGCAAAUCAAAAUAAUUACUCACAAAUAAAAAUCGGUGUAGAAAAUGGCUUUAAAACACUGGGCGUGAUUGUCAUGUGCAUCUCUGUGUUCUAUUGGAUGCUGAUGCUGCACAAGAGUUUAAAUAAAUCAGUGAGUAAAAGUUAAAAUCCCAUGCAAAUAGCUCAACAGUCCACAAUCUGUAUAAUCAAAAAAUACAUUCAAAGGACCUAAAUUAUAUCUAGAGAUUAUAUUGAUCGUAAAAUGGCUUUUUUCAGGAUCAUAUACAUUAUAUAUUUUAGAUUGCGACUAAUGAUCUUUUGACAUAUAUAUGUUUCUUUAAUGUUGCAGCGUCUGCUGAUUUUAAUGUAGAUCAUCUGGAAAAUAAUAAGUAAAUAAAGAUUCGAAAUAAAUGGACUGGAAUAUUAAAGAACAAAUAUUUACCUCCAAAUUUAUAAAAGUAUCAUAACACUGAAAUACUUAAAGUGCAAGUAUAUUAAACCCGUACUUAAGUAAACUGCUAAAGGUACUCAGUUACAUUCCUACUGGUCCUAUCCAUGUGCUAAUCCAGGGGUGUCAAAGUCAUUUAACAUUGCGGUCCACUUUGACUUUAAGUGGAGCCAGACCAGUGAAACUCCCCUUGCUGUCAGUGUAAAGAAGUUACAUAGUUAACGGUUUUUCUACAUGAUAAAGAAAAAGCUUCUAUGAUAAAGAAAGAAAUCAGUGUUUAAGAUUUGGCCAAAAGUGUUUGAUACGAAAAAUAGGUUUUGGCCACUAAGAAUUUGUUUUAGAGAAUGGAGUCUAGUGUUUUAGCAAUUCAGAAAAAUUGUAAUAGCUGUCAUUAGUUCAUUUGUUCUCAAUAGCCAACAUAUUUCAAGGAAACUGAAAUUGAAUGAGUUGUUUUAAAUGUAGCAAAAAAUUUAAAAACAAAGAAAGAAUACAUGUUUCUGGUUUAUCAGAGUCAUGUUGUGAUGUGGGCAAGGCUUUGGGAAGUAGGGUUGCUGAGAGAACUACAGCACCCCCUGGUGGAUGGUAAAGGCAACCCAGAUAGCAAGACGACAUUGAAUUGAUGUUGAUUUUUCAUCCGAUCCGUCGUUAUGGUUGAAAUGCCAAUGUUGUAACAACAUUGAAAUACCGUGGUAAACCGACGGUCUUACUAUAGGGACGUUGUAAUGAUGUUGAUUUACCUUUGUUUUUUUGUCAUUGAUAUUUGAUCUUUUUGUAGUCGACCAGGUGACAACAACAACGUCGAGAAAACGUCUAUUUAUAGUUUACCAUAAUUCGGCGCCGGUCACCAUCAAAAAGCCAUCGAUUUGUAGUUGAGCGUUAAAUUGCAUUGCAACUGAGCGGGUAUAAAGUACCGGAGAAAGUAAAUUUUUUUUGUUCUUUUGUUAUCAAUGACUUUGGUCUAGUUCACCAGCUUUAAAAAAUCGUGUCGACGUGCAAUUUAUGUAUAGUUGACCGGGAGCAGCGAUCACUUGGACUAUUCCGCAGCACCCCUCUCAGUGGUACAUCCCUCCAGGUAACCAUUGUCUUGUACAGUAGAGCGGGACAUUAGAUUUACUCUCAGCGGAAUUGACCGGAGAAGGUAUCAGUUCAUGCACUGCACUGGCCUGCACCACGAUUAGUAUAAGAUCUGAUUUGGUAACUUCCAUCAAUAAGUAAGAAACUCACAUCCUUAAAUAAAUUCCUAGUGUUAAACAAUUUGCUUAUUUGGCUAUUUCCAAAUAUAGCACUAUUUGUUUAAUCUGAUAUACACUGACAAUGACAUCACGCUGGUCAAGGAGGCGCAAAUUACGGAAAAUGGUUGAGGCAGCAGAGUCAGAUAUACUCAGGCACUUUAAAGAGAUGGUUGCUGAAAAACAUAACCAAAACGGCAAUGCACAAGUUAAAGUUAAGCGACCGCAGGUUGCGGAAGAGUCUGGUGUGUCCCACUGUUGUCACCCAGGUAUAGACAGUCAAGUAUUUACCAGUCGCUAUGAGCAGAUUUCAGAAGAAUGUGAGACCUAUGUAUCACCCGACAAGGAUAAUGACUGUGACCGCAGUUUUCCCCCCCAGCCCACUGACAGCAGGCAUCAUAAUGCCCCGCCCAGCUUCCGGCACCUUUCGCCACUCCGGCAAAACACACAAAACGACACAGCUUUGCGAUCUCCGCAGCAUGCAGAGUCAGAUGUCGAGGACUUCUCUAUAGAUGAUGCGACCUCACAAAAGAUGUUAACGAUGCUGUCAGACCUGACCAGAGCAGUUAACGAACUCCGUGAGGAGGUCAGAGCCAUCCGCCAUCCCUGCUGCAAUGAAUCGGUAGAUGCUGGGGUACUGCCUCUGGAUUUGCCCUUGCAUAACAUUGAGGAGCUAAACAAUGCAGAGGCAGCUCUUCAAUCACAAGAAGCAAAUAAGGCAAUGGUGAGACGCUUUGCCUUGAUUGGAGGGACCACACUGGAGGUGCGAGUCCGCCAUGUAAUGGCUUAUGCCAUUACAAACGAGCUGGCCUCGGUACUAAACUGGGCAGGGAAAAAAACCAAGGACCAGACAAAGCAAAAAAGGGCAUUUAAAGAUACAGCGCUGUGCAGAUGCAUAUUUGAUGGCCUGACGCAGCAGUUAGGGGCAAACUCUAUGUCCGAGUUUGUCUUUGCACAAGCAGUGCAGAAAUGGCUCCGAUACGCCCCAGAUCGUUUGGGUGGUGCAGGACGCACAUCAUGCA